AUGCACAUCUGUGAGAGCUCCAGCUUGACACAUUCCCAAGUUUACUCACAAGCGGAAGACUCGCAGGCACAGGCGGGCACAGGGGCGGCCAGUCCGGCCGGAGAUGCGGCGCUCCCGAGCCGGCGGCUCCCGGGGCUGCCGCCGGUGCCUCCCCCGCGCCGGGAGCCGCUCCCGCCGCCCCGAGCUGCUGACGGCACCGGGGGCAGCGCCGACCCCCGCCCGCUCCGCCCCACCUGCCCGCGGGGCGAUGGCGCCAAGGUCACCCGCUCCCCCGGGAAAGCGAACUUGGGUGGGCACCACUCACUCCGGCGGGGCCGGGGCGGCGCGGAGCCUCCGCCGGCUGCAGCGCGCAGGACGGGCUGCGCGCCCCCUCCUUCUCCUCCUCCUCCUCUCUCUCCCCGACGACUUUCACUUCACCUGCAGGCAGCCCGGCUGCGGCGGGGCGGGCGGCUCCGCAGCUUUCCGCGGGACCGCAGUCACUGCGGCAGCGCCCUCCCGCGCCGCGGGGGGAGCGGGCCCGCCGCUGUCCCUCCGCGGGCCGGGCCAGCCCUGCCCUGCCCUGCCCGCCGCCCCUGA